AUGUUUAACAAUAUAUGUGACUAGUUUCCUGUAUUUCCAGAGAAGUCAAUCUUCAGUUCAUGGUUUCAGAGCAUUGAAAGCAAGGAGGAAUUGCAAGAACAUCUUAAAGCCAUUUAAGCUUACUUAGCUUAAAUUAAUAAAAUGAUAAUCUAUAAGCCUGAUGCUAUAAACUAUUUUGUUUGUAAUACAUUCGAUCCUGAGAGGUUGAAGUGCUUGACUUUUAGCAAGUUAUCGAAGGAGAUACUCUAUAGUAAUUACAGAAAGUCAGCACAAAUAAAGAAGUGUUCAUUCAAUAAAGUGUUUAGAGUGAGUCUCCAAUAAAUGGCUCUCACAAUCCAUUAAUAUUUAAUACCCCAAAGUGAUUUUGCUAAAAAUGAAUAUGAAAAUUUUAAGAGAGCACAAUUGUUGAUAACAGAUUUCACUUAUGUUGUUAAAUGCUUUGAAAUAGGUCACAUCGUUAAGAAUAAGCCUUUUUUUAAUAAGAAGAUUAAGAGAACUGUAUAUAAUAAAUUCAUAAAAAUGGAUGACAUAUAGUAUGAUAUUAUUUAUGCAGUUGAAGAAUGGGUGGAAUAGCCAAUGAACCAGAUUAUAUUUUUAAGAGCAUAAACACAUAAUCUUUUUCAGUUAGAUGUUAUUGUUGAAGCAAUUAUAACAUUAGUAUCAGUGGCUCAAUAUUUCUAAUUUUUGUAGAUAUUUUAGAAAUAGUUCUCUGUAAGUUAUUUGUUUUAUGAUGAAAACAAAGGGUUCAAAGUUGGUGGUUUAUCACCAAUUCUUGCUUACAAAAAGAAAUAUCAUCUAUAAUAUGAUAGUGAUGUUAACGAUUAUUAAGCACUAUAACCACCUGAAAAUAAUACAACAGGAAGUUCGUAUGGUUUUAGGAAUAAUUUCAAUGUUUCAUCCAGAAUCGAUGUUUGGUAGAUUGGUAUUGUCAUUUUAUCAAUGGCUUCACUUACAUUACCAGCAGAAUUUAUUUCAUUAGCUGCUAUAGAAGAUAAAUUGAACUUAGUAUCAUUUCAAUAUGGGGAAAUGUUAGGAAGUUUAAUUAGAAAUAUGUUGAUACGUAAUCCCAUUGAGAGAUUUACACUGGUUGAUGUUGCUAGUGCUGCUCAAAGCCUUUUGCCCAUGAAAUUAGAAUAUCUGAAGUAUGAGGAUAAAACUGAAAGAAUUCAAAUUACUUCACUUUCUUAAUAACAUCUUGAACAAUUAGACAAGACUUUUAAAGAGAAAAAGAAAAGAAAAUAUAUCAUUUAAAUGACUAUUAGCGAACCAGUUGUUUAAUAAAAAUUCUUAUUCUAUUUGGAGAGAAUUAAAAGAGAAAAUGUGAUACAAUUACAUAUCAAUCUAUCUCCUUAGCAGAUCCCUGAUGAUUUGAUUGAGAAAGUGAUGGCUAUCAUAAUUGAAUAUAAGCAUUUACAAUAACUUGUGUUUAAUUUGAGAGGAUGCUCUAUUAGUGAAAUUGCUUGUUUAAAUAUAAUUAAUUAAGCUAAUAUAAUAAGUCAAUUAAAACAGUUGACACUAGAAAUAAAUGGAAUUUAAAUAGCUUAGAUCCCUGAAACAAUAAUUAGAGUGGUUGUGUAUAACCAAUGA